ACAUACCACGGAUGUUUGAAGCUCGCACCCCUCCAGCUAAGCUCACAAUAAAACCACUUGAGCUUUGGUCUCAGCUCAGAAAAUCUGACAGGAGGUUUAUUAUGAAGUUAGCCUCGUAGUAACACAAGCUUUAUUCCCCCUACACACGCACACACGCACACUUCCUGUGACUUGGGACGGUGGGAGCCAAGCUAAAGUGAACACUUAAUGGAUGUGGCGAGGGCUUCGACUGAAGACUCAAGACUUUCGCUCACGGACUUGAGGUGAAACCACGAAUGCUAACUAAACCAGGUCAUAUCAAGACCAUCCAUGUUGCUGCUGGCGAUUUUGUGCGUGAGCUCAUGGCACGUCUCUGUACAGGAGCCGGUGUUGCCUUUUGAGAUCCCUCCGCACCCCUUCACGGUGACGUGCCCGUGGGAAGCUGUUCCCGGGGGAGACAGACGUGGGACCCCCGAGCCGAGCCCCGGACCCUCACUGCCGAGGUGGCCUGUGAGCCGCGAGACCACCCCGGCCCGGAACAUCACAGACAUCCCCUCCCCCCACACCUCCGUCUGCUGUCUCGGGAGCGACACUGAGAGCCUCUGCCCCCCACAAGAGCAGAAUCUGACCCUGACCGUGACCUGCUGGAUGGCCGCGGACCUCAGCCUGUUUCUGUGUAACUUGAAGCCGAGCGGUGAAGCUGGCGCCGUGACCUACACACUGGAGCUGCUGGACAUGACGUCCCAUCUCUCCAACCCAUUGGUUCAGACGAGUGAGUGUGAGCAUCGUGAGGUGGUCGAGUGUCUUGUCCCCUCCGUCCUCCCCGACAACAUCUACUGGGUCUGGCUGACCGCUCGAAGUGCUCCAGCCUCCCUCAUCUCCCCCCUGAUGGUGGUCACACCCGGUAACAUCGUGAAGCCCUCCGCUCCGCGGGAUUUGCGAUGGGAAGUGACGACAGAUGGCUUUCAUCGAUUGGGCUGGGCCGGCCCCAAGCCCCCGCCAUUCCCGCUCCGCUACCAACUCCGAUAUUCCCCCUCACCCCCGAGGCAGCCUGGCAGGUGCUGGAUGUCGGGGAGGAGUCAGUGAUACUCAGCGAGCUCCAGGUGGAGGUGAGCUACACGGUGCAAGUGCGGUGUGUCCGCCGCACAUCGCUGGGCGUGUGGAGCGACUGGAGCAGCCCCACACAGGUGGACGUCCAGGAAGUUACCUACCAGCCCUCGCGUGUGGUCACUGUGCCAAGUUCCACCGUCACCGUCCGCUGUAUUUUCUACAACAAGAUACCGGGGGACGAGGGGCUGGUCUGGCUGCUCAACAUGGUGGAGAAGGUCCCGGAAGAUCAGUACACGCUGGUGAGCGAGCACGAGAGCAGGGUGACCUUAUGGGACCUGCCGGUGACGUCGCCCGGCGAGCGCGGACACGUGCUGCAGUGCUGCCCCAACAGCACCCGGUGUAACUACCGCUACACUGAGAUCUUCGUGGUCGAUACGACUAUUUGGUGUGAAACGGACGGUGAGAUGCAGAGAAUGACCUGCGGGUGGCGCCCUAUGCCACUGAAUGUAGUGACUGAGAGCGAGUACAGGCUCAGGUAUUACAGGAAAGGCUUUGACUGUGCCGAGCUGGGGGGCAGCGAGGCCAGGGGGGAGAUGGAGGAGUGCGGCGUGUGGAGGAACGAGGAACAGCAAUGCCACGUGCGGCCCAUCCACCUGCUCUCCGCGCACGUCAUGUGGCUGGAGAUCCACCUGCCAGAGCAGACACUGAGGUCCGCUCCCACCUGCCUCAUCCCGAUGGACGUGGUGAAGCCUUGGCCUCCGGCCGGCGUGAACGCGGAGGUGACCGUCCCCGAGGGGCUCCUGAGGGUCAGCUGGCAGGAGCCGAGACUCCCCCCGUACCCCCUGAGCUGCCAGCUCCGCUACUCAGCCAGCUCGGAGCCCGCUCACUGGAGGAUCUUGGCCAGGCUGGGGGUGAGAGUGGGGACUGCCAUGGUGGCGCUGGCUGACCCGUGUGAGGUGUACGUGGCUGGGGUCCGGUGCCGUCGCUCGGAGGGUCCUGGACGAUGGAGCGAGUGGAGCGAGUCCGCCCGCACCGAGCCCCGGGAUCUCCAGGCCCCGACCACGGGACCUGAUUUUUGGAGACUCCUGACCACGGACCCUGCGAGCGGCCAGACCAACGUCACUCUGGUUUGGAAGAGGCUGACCCAGGAGGAGGCAUUGUGCAGUGUUGGGGGUUUCUCCCUGAGGAGCCUGUCAUCGUGGGGGAGCACCCGCCUGGAGAGGGUGGGGGACGGAGCCGCGACCACCUAUACCUUCCCUCUGACCCCUGACCUCCGCACUGUCUCGCUCAUUGCCUUCAACUCCGUGGGCCCGUCCACCAACAAUUAUAACCUCACACUGUGGCCGGACGGGGGCGAAGUGCAUGUGCUUCGCUCGCUCCACGCCUGGCAGAUGAAUGGCAGCUGUGCGGUGGUGACAUGGAUCCUGGCUGAGGGCAGGGAGAGGCCAUGGGAGUACGUGGUGGAGUGGGACAAGGUCUCUCCUGGUGUCGGGGCCAUCUGAAGUGGCUGAGAACCUCGGGCCACAUCAACCAGGUCCAUCUCUAUGACCACUUCUCCCCAUUGAUUCAAUAUCGAGUCACUGUCCACCCAAUACUCCCCACUGCCCCAGGACGGCCGAUGAACACCUACAUCAACGGGAAGACCGAGACGGAGGGUGCAGAUGGGCUGCACGUGACGUUGCCGCUGGCCUUUCUGUCUGUUGUGGUCCUGGUUGGGGCAUUGUUGGUAUCUAAACGCAGAGUAAAGAAGCUGAUGUGGCAAGAGAUCCCGAACCCCAACAAGUGUUCCUGGGCUCAAGGUGUGGACUUCAGUAAGGUACGAUUUACAGCCAGCUCAAGCCUGUGCUGGUGUCAGCCCGGCUCAGCUGGGAGAGUUUACAAUCUACAGGGUGUCCACAGUGUCCUGUUACCCUCCUGUCACAACACAGCGCUACGAGACUACGGAGGAGCCGAGACAAGCUGUCAGAGAUGCAUUUCGCCAUCGUCACUGACUCCAUCCAUGUGACAGAAGAUGUUGGCACCCAACAUGGUGACGGACGCCAUGAAAAUAAUGGCGCGACACACACACACACACACACACUCACUAUCUCACUCAACCGAUACACACACACACACCUCCGAUGUGUAAAUACAGUUAAACGCCUGUACUGAAUCCAAUGAAGUACUUCGAAAUACAAUUAUCAUCAUUCGUCAA